UUACAGCAAAAAAAAAAAAAAAACGCUGAACUCAAUUGGCGAUUAUGAGGCUGGCUGUAGCGCUGCUGGCGCUAAUAGGACUGCAUGACACGGCGGCUAUGAAGCAGUCGUGGGUCUUCGAGGGUGAGGACCGUUCGCACUUCCUCAUCGAGCGCUUCGGCUUCGGCCCCAGUGGGCGAAUGGACGUGAGCGUGUCCGCUGUGGAGACGGACGUGCCCGAAGACGCGGAGGAAGUGCAGGCGGGGCUGCUUUUUGUGCACCAGGACGACCUGUGGGAGACGGUGGCGCUGCUGGACGACGCAGUAGGCAGUGGAGACCUGGAGAUGCCUCAAGUCAGCAAAGAGAGGGGCCAGUGUGUGCUGCAAGAGCGUCAGGACAGUCUGUGGAUCGACCUGACAGACGCGCAGACUUGGUACGGCCUUAUUAUUUUUUUAUUAUGCAGUCAAUCGGGUCUGGAAUUUUAUUUAUCGGAUCUGAAUCGGGUCUUUUUUUUUUAAGGAAUAUGAGUCGAGGGAUGGCGCAUGUGAAGCUUGAAGGACGGGAAGGUGGAGCACACAACGGACCACUGAAGAUCGGCUUUUACUAUAUUUUCUACGCUCAAUGUACACCUGGGCUCAAGGUUUCUUUCCAUAUGGACGCUAUGUUCAAGAACGGAGCCACAGAUUUUCUAUCAGCCGGAGAUGCUCCAUUGCCAAUUGUGUAUUUCAUCACGAGUUUACUGUUCCUAGGUGCAGCAGCGGCAUGGGGAAGAUGUCUACUGACACAGCUGGACUAUGUACAACGAGUACACUGGUUGAUGGCGAUGUUGGUGUCUGUGAAAACAUUGGCGCUCUUCGCUGAAGCCAUGCGCUCGUACUACAUGAAGCGCAAUGGCGAUACUCUCACAGCGUGGACAGCAGUGGCCUACGCGUUCAUGAGUUUAAAGGGACUAUUGCUCUUCUCAGUAUUGAUGCUCAUCGGCACAGGAUGGUCGCUACUGAAGCCUCAUCUAUCGCAAAGGGACAAGUCCGUAUUAUCACUUGUAUUAGUGCUACAAGUGGUGAGUAAUAUCGCACAGAUUCUAGAGUCUGAGACUGCGGUGGGUACACGUGCUUGGGUGAGCUGGCGAGACGUGUUGAUCCUGGCUGAUGUGGCGUGUUGUGCCGCUGUGUUGCUGCCUAUUGUCUGGAGUAUCCGCGAGCUGCGCGUUGCUGCUGCUACAGACGGAAAAGCCUUUGCCAACCUCCAGAAACUCACGCAGUUUCGAUCAUUUUACUUGCUGGUUAUCACGUACAUUUACGUAACGCGACUGGUACUGCAACUGCUUCAAGCCAGUUUACCGUACGAUGCCACGUGGAUCGCUGUGGCAGUUAGUGAAUUAGCGGCCUUGGGCUUCUUUACGGUCACUGGCUAUCGCUUCCGUCCAUUGCCACUGAAUCCGUAUCUUGAAGUGCCAAUGCACGAGGACGAUCUGGAGGAAUUCGCUCUGGAUGACGACGAAGACCUGGACUUCCGCUCCACUCCACGUACUGAUAUUCGCAAGUUCGCAUACGGCGCUCCAGUCAAAACCAAAGCAAAUUACUCGAUCAAACGCUCGAGUUCUCCGACGCGUAAGCGAAGUGGAAGUAUAAACAACGACCUGUAAGGAGAACGCAAUAGAUGUCUGGGAAUGGACCGGAUGAAUAGAAAUUAUGUUGAGUUCUUCGAAUGUUCUUGGUGUCUUAGUGAUAAGAAGCUCCAAUGGCGAGAGAUAAUUGCUGUUGAAGCUCGAGGAAGCGAGAUUCUGAGAUCAUGUUAAUCUACAUAACAAAAGCUUAGUAAAAGCAUGCAGAGUAUAGGAAUUGAAAGUAGAACUUACGUAUCCGUUGCUGAUCUGGA